AUGCUCCAAAUUGUACCUAUUCUCCUUUUAGCUUCAUUGGCUCCAUUUGGUAUUUCUAAUAUUAUUAAAAAAGAGAAUUACAGGACAAUUGACAUAAUCAUGCAAAAAUACAAAGCACUUGGAGCAUCAGAAAUAGAUGAAGUGAAAAAUGAACGAUACGAUUUCCGGUUUUGCGUUUGUGAGGAUGAAACUGCAGAACCGGAAAGAAAUAACGGUUGUAGCUGUUCGACAGUUGUUAGCGGUCAGACAACGCAUAACUCGAUACCACAAGCGCUGUACUCCUCUAGCUGCGUUCAUAAUCCCCAGUACAACAAAUGUCUUGUGGCCCAAAAUCUGUUAUACAUACAAAUUAAAAUUGGCUCGCAUCAUUUGACAGAUCCGCCGUAUCAGUCAAUUACAAAUUCCAGAUUCAAAAACACCGCUUUAUUGUCGUGCUCCAAGGAUACUAACUGCCGGAACUGCAUUCCUUGCAAAAACGGAUUCAUCCAGCUCAACUAUAUCUGUUUAUCCGGUGUCUCACUAGCUGAUUCAAAGCAAACAUACUUGCCAGCCAUUGUACAACCUGUCAGGACGGAACGAUGGCCAUCCAAAUCAUCCAAAUCAUUCAAAAAAUUGUCCUUCAUUGAAAUAAACAUGAAGGAACUUAAUAGUAUUGCGAAAAUCAAGGAAUACUUACUACAAAGCGCGAAAAAGCAUCAUUUAUUACCUUCUCAUUUCAAUAUUGCUUUCUACAAGGAUGUUCUCGUUACUCGGCAUAAUGAUUAUCGUAGCAAACACGGUGUCGGGUUGCUCACAGCCAGCAGCGAACUUGAACGAAUAGCUGAAGUAUGGGCACAACAUUUAGCUAGUAAAGCAGACUGUCUGAUACACGACCCAUCAAAAAGGUUUGGAGAAAACUUAUUCUACUACGCAACGGAUUUAUUACCAGACGAAGAAACAAUGGCAUUGAUGACAGUACAAAGCUUCUAUCUCGAAGCAUAUGGAUAUAAUUACAAAACGCAUCAUCAUUUGGAUUAUCAUCGCACUGGACACUUUACUCAACUUGUAUGGAAGUCUACAACACAAAUGGGUGUUGGCGUAGCAAUGCGACACUUCAAUGGACGCCGCGCUAACAAAUGUCAGCCUGAUUUCCCAUCUACACUGAUUUAUGUCGUUGUUAAAUAUGAUCCACCCGGAAAUGUACUUGACAAGAAAAAUUAUGACGACAAUGUCUUGCCACUCAUACAGUAA